AUGAUUUUUUCAGCUCCAUUAUAUAUAAAGGAUAGACAUUGUGGAUAUUGCAAUGAUACUAAACUGGACUACUUUGCAUUAGAGAGCCAGGCAAAGGACUCAAAUGGGAAACUGCGCGGAGGAAGUGGAGAUGGAGGAGUAGGGGGAGAGUUACUGACCAAGCAAUCGAUAAUGGUUGGCUCAUCAAUUACAUCAAUGACAUGUGAAAACUACGAUGAAUUAAUAAACCAAGGGUUUAGAAGAUCAGGCACAUUCUUGUACAAGAGUGAUCUACUAAGAACAUGUUGUCGUUUGUAUACAAUUCGCACAAAUAUGUCAUAUUUCAAACCAUCAAAAAAACAACGCAAGGCCAUCAACAGGUUUAUCAAGGAGAUUUGUCCCGAUGAAUCACAAUUAAGUCCAGUUGUGAAGAAUUCAUUCAAUUUGGACCGAAUACUUGAAGCGCAACUUAAGUCUACUACAUUUAAAAUCAAAUUUGAACCGUCGAAAUUUAGCAAAGAAAAAUUUCAACUAUACAAGAAAUAUCAAGUUGCUGUACACAAUGAUGACCCUAGCGAAAUCACUGAAAGAUCUUUUACACGAUUCUUGUGCGAUUCGCCAUUCACUGGUGAUGAAAAGCGAGGUACUUAUGACCAAUGGCAAAGCUUAGACAUUAAUAACUGGACAAAGGAAACCAAUGAGAAACGAAUUGGCCCAACACAUGCCUGCUACUAUCUUCAUGACAAGUUGAUUGCAAUAUCAGUAUUGGAUUUCUUACCCAGUGGGAUUUCUUCAAUUUAUUUCAUAUGGGAUCCAGAUUAUGCCCAUUUAUCAUUGGGAACUAUCCUGGGUAUCAACGAACUUCAAAUGAGCCAAAGUCUAGGCUAUGAUUGGUACUAUUUGGGGUAUUAUGUUGAGGAUUGUGUUAAAAUGAAUUACAAGGCCAAUUUUGGGGGCGAGAUUCUUGAUGUGUGCAGUGAAGUAUAUUAUCCAAUGGAGGAUGUGAAACCAUAUUUGCAAAACGGUCGAUUGUUUGUGAUUGGAACCAUUGGUGAAACUAAACAAGGGCUGGAGCUAGACUAUGAAGCUAGUGGCCGCACUAAAGGUGACACAGUUACUGAAUUAAAUUACAAUGCUGCCGAAGAUAUAUUUGGUGGCGUUGAUGUCUAUAGAAAAGCAAAGGAUGAAGCUAGACAAUUACUCAGUGACCAUGAUAUAGGUAGGAGCGAUGAGUACAAAUUACCACAAGUGAUGCCGGGGUUGAUUCCGUUGCUGAAAAUACAACAAUGGUUAGAUGUAGGUAUUAUUGGCGAUGAAACCUCCAUCAAGAUUGAUAUGUUUGGCGGGGUGCACAAAUUCCUUUUGGGUAAUUUGAAUCGCGAAGGACGCGGGUUUUACAUUGAUUGCAUCCGAUUAUUUGGAUUAGAAAAGAUGAAGAACUCCACCAUGAUCUUGCAAUAG